AUGGCCACGAAUCAUGCCUUUCAGACUCGCCAGCACAAACUUCAUUUCGAAAAGCUUUCUGCGCUCGAUGUCUACACUGACACAUACGGGUCAAAUAGCAGCAUACACAAUGUCAACCCAUUACCUGCAUCACCACAACCCCCGCCAUCUCAUCGCUCUGUGUCCUCGCAAUCUAAGGAUACAGUAAAUGUUACGGGUAUUCCAUCCGUGUCAAUGCAAGGCGGAGUCUUGGUUGUUGGUGAUUCCCGAAGUAGUUCCGUUCGUUCUUAUACACCCCUUAAGACUCUGGGUGAUGGUUCUUUUGGAACAGUACUGCUAUGUGAUUGGCAUGGCACACUACCUCCUAAUACGCCUCUCUCCCCCAUGCAACGUGGCGGAGGUGUCAGACCUGAAUGGGUCGAUAAACGCCUUGUAGCCGUUAAGCGGAUGAAGAAGAAGUGGGAAGGGGGCUGGGAUGAGUGCAAAAAACUCAAGGAACUAGAGUCACUCCGAGCGAUACCAUUUCACCCGUGCAUCAUACCGCUCUAUGACUUCUUUCUGCUACCCGAUACUAAAGAGCUAUAUUUUGUUUUCGAGUCCAUGGAAGGCAACCUUUACCACCUUAUCAAAGCACGCAAAGGCCGAGCUCUAGCAGGAGGUCUUGUGGCUUCAAUAUUCCGUCAAAUCGUCUGCGGGCUUCAUCACAUACACUCAUCUGGUUAUUUUCACCGCGAUAUGAAGCCUGAGAACGUACUUGUAACAACUACAGGUCUAUUUGAAUACUCUUCUCUAUCCCCUACAGCACCUUCAAAUGCACCCCCAGAAAAGGAUGUUGUCGCUAUCAUCAAAUUAGCCGAUUUUGGUUUGGCCAGGGAAACGGAUAGUCAGCCGCCAUAUACAGAGUAUGUAUCCACGCGGUGGUAUCGCGCUCCUGAAGUGCUGUUGCUGAGCAGAAAUUAUUCCAAUCCUGUGGAUAUGUGGGCAUUAGGUACCAUCAUGGCAGAACUCGUCAAUCUCCGGCCUUUAUUUCCUGGCUCCGGUCAAAUAGACCAGAUAGCACGUAUAUGCGAGGUACUAGGAGAUCCCUGCGAAGAUUAUGGAACAGGAAUACGAGGCAAACCAAUUGGUGGUGGUCGAUGGACGAAUGGAGUAAAGAUGGCCAAAGUAGUGGGUUUUACCUUUCCCAAGGUUCCACCCAAAGACUUUAGCACGUUAUUUGACCCCACAGUUCCACGACAGUUAGUCGAAUGUAUUCGCGACUUACUUAUGUACGACCCCACCCUGCGCCUGUCAAGCCACCAGUGCUUGAACCAUCCAUAUCUGCUGGAAGCAUUACACCAUAAUCAACUCCCAGGACCUUCUCUCCACCCUCAGUUAACGCCAUUAUCAAGGUCACCGAUUCCCCCAGGCUUGCCAUCUUCUCAAACUAUGUCCCCAAGGCAAACUGUUUCUCCAUCGCACUCACAUCACCCGAUAGACAGGUCUACAGACCAAUCCUUCCAUAAUAUCCUCCAACCGCAUACAUCCGAAAUAUCUCCUUUCCCUAGCUCACCUUCUAUAUUAUCGAGUACCUUGCGUACACGCGAUCCAGCUCUCUCUGUAACAUCGGAAGGCGGCAAUGAUUUGCCACGAUAUGGCAUUUUGCACUGUGUAGCAGAUAUACAGGAAGAAUCGCGAGAGCAGGGUUCUUGGCAUCUCGACACAAACAGGUCGGACCGGAUGGCUACCCCUUUCUCGCAACCUGAUAGUGCAGGAUACUCUAUGGAUCUACAACAAACAUCUCAUGUGAGGCAGGAAGGUCCCACUCAAUUGAGCAUCGACCAGGGCUACGGGAUGCAUGCGAAUCUUGCUGUUCCCUGCGAAACAUCAUCACAAAGCAAACUCGGGAAGUUAUCUUCGCUUGGCUUUGGAAAGAAGCACAGCAAAUGGGGUCUUAGCGGCAUGUUUGGACAUGCGGACAAAGCGCACCAGCAUUCUCUUCCACCAGUGGACGAAGUUCCUACUUCGUCAAAUUUCACACCAUCGCUCAAACGCACCCAAUCAUCGGGUUUUGACAGUGCCCCAUUGGCAGAUAUAUUACGUGUGAAUGAACCACGUAAAGAUCCAAAACAGAUCAAGAAGGAGGCUGAACGUCUCCAACGCGAAGCAGAGAAACAACGUCGCUCAAUGGUAGAAAGAGCCCAACGAGAGCAAGCACGUGCCGUCAUGCAAAAGCGUAGCCAGAUGCUCAUGCAAACCGUGGGGGGGAAUGAACUUGAGUGGAAGUGGCAGCAUUCUGGGAGCCUCCUCAAUACAAAUCAACGACGAUUACUUGGGACUGAGCACAAGGCACAACAAGAUGCCCCAGGUCCGAUACAGCAAAGCCGAGGACAGACAAACAUACCAUGUCCCGUGCUGAAUUCAACCUCAGGAAGAUUCUCCAACCCUUCUGACGGUGGUCUGACUCCCAACGGAUGGUGGAGAGACGAGCGAGUGUUCAAGGCUCGCCGUCGAGACUUCGAUGAUGAUCAUUCCAUGUCUUCUUCCGAUUUACACAGCAGCGGGCGAUUAUCCGCUAUUUCUUUCGCAACCGUAGAUAGCGAUCCAGGACCAAGUCGAAUAAGGAAUCGACCUCCCCAAUUCAGUAUUAAUCGAAUGACCUCUGCAUCUUCGUUGCAAGGUGGCAUGCAAUAUGACGAAUUUCCUGUGUCGGCUCGUUCUUCCAAUUCCAUCACUGUAGAACGUCAAUUUGUCGGUGACUUGGAUAUCCGAACGUCAAGAGAUACGACCUCGUCUUUAUCGGGGACAUCAUCCCCCCCGCCUAUCAAUCUUCUUUCACUGUCUCCUUCACCACUUUCCUGGAUGAAUACACAAAAUUCUCCAGAAUCUUCUAGCGUCUCACAACACCCUUCUUAUAUCGCUGUGCCCCAGAUAAUACAAUACCCCCCACAAACGGGUUCUCGCCAGUCUUUUGAGUGUAACGGGCAGCUAUAUGGGCAUCCUCCAAAUUCAGGGAUUGACUUGAAAACGGCAAUAAACCCAAUCUUCAAAGUGCCUCCACUGCCUUCAUCUCCUUUGGAGCACAUGCCCCCAUCACACGCCCUCCCACCAUUCUCUCAUCUCGAGGCCGUGGCUGAAGGAGAAUACCCACCUUUAUCGCCUAUGUCGUUUCACUCUCCAGAGGAUGACUAG